CUCAUGGAUGACAUUAUUCCAUUGCACUCCCUCCCCCCAGCAAACAAAACUAGUGCAAAAAUUCCCUUCUCUUCCCAUUGCACUCUAAUUCCUUGUUGGGUUUUAUCAUAUUCACUUUUGUUACUUUCUAGCCCAUUUGAGCGAUACCCAUCUCCUUUUUUUUCUUUUCAUAGAGCACAAGCCUUCCCUUCAUGUGCUCAUUUUCAUGUUAUUCUUUGUAUAGCAGUUUAGAUUAGAUUAUCGUAUUAUGGUGUGGAUGACAGGAUGAUUAGGACACCAGUCCUUAACAAAACCCAUCUCUUGUUAUCCACAAAAGAUCCAAAACUCACAGAAUUUGACUUGAGGUUGAAGGAGCAGGAAUGUUUGUCCCUGCUGAAGAGAUGCAAGAGCAUGGAAGAGUUGAAGCAAGUCCAUGUCCAAAUCCUCAAGUUUGGACUCAUUUGGGAUUCCUUCUGUGCAGGCAACCUUGUGGCCUCUUGUGCUCUCUCAGAUUGGGGCAGCAUGGACUAUGCCUGCUCGAUUUUCCGGCAACUCGAAGAACCGGGUACUUUUGUAUUCAACACCAUGAUCAGAGGGCAUGUCAAAGAUGCAAGCUUUGAGGAAGCUUUACUUGUUUAUUAUGAGAUGAUUGAGAGAGGAAUUGAAGCUGACAAUUUUACUUACCCGGCUCUUCUCAAAGCUUGUGCCCGGUCACUGGCACUUGAGGAAGGGAUGCAAAUUCAUGGACAUAUCUUCAAGCUUGGGCUUAAAGAUGAUGUCUUUGUGCAGAACAGCUUGAUUAGCAUGUAUGGAAAGUUUGGAGAGGUAAAACAUUCUUGUGCUGUUUUUGAGCAAAUGGAUCAAAAGACUGUUGCUUCUUGGAGUGCUAUUAUUGGAGCUCAUGCUAGUUUGGGGUUGUGGUGUGAGUGCUUGAUGCUUUUUGGGGAUAUGAGUAGUGAGGAACUCUGGAGGGCUGAAGAAAGCACAUUAGUUAGUGUGCUUUCUGCUUGCACUCAUUUGGGUGCUCUUGAUUUGGGAAGGUGCACACAUGGUUCCUUAUUGAGGAAUAUUAGUGGACUCAAUGUUAUAGUACAAACUUCUUUAAUAGACAUGUAUGUCAAAUGUGGAUGCCUAGAGAAAGGAUGGCGUCUCUUCCAAAACAUGGCCAAGAAAAACCAAUUGUCCUACACUGUAAUGAUCUCUGGGCUAGCCAUGCAUGGACAUGGUAGGGAAGCUCUAAGAGUUUUCUCAGAAAUGCUUGAGGAAGGUUUGGUGCCAGAUGAUGUUGUCUAUGUUGGUGUGUUGAGUGCUUGUAGUCAUGCUGGUCUUGUCAAUGAGGGACUCCAAUGUUUCAAUUCCAUGAAAUUUGAGCAUGGGAUUGAACCAACUGUUCGACAUUAUGGUUGUUUGGUAGACCUCAUGGGGCGAGCCGGCCUGCUCAAUGAAGCCUUUAAGCUUAUCAAUAGCAUGCCCAUUAAGCCAAAUGAUGUCGUGUGGCGAAGCCUUCUUAGUGCCUGUAAAGUUCACCAUAACUUGGAACUAGGGGAGAUUGUUGCUAAGAACAUAUUCCAAUUAAAUUCACGUAAUCCUAGUGAUUAUUUGGUGCUAUCCAAUAUGUAUGCUCGAGCUCAGAGAUGGGAGGAUGUUGCUAGGAUUAGGACGGAAAUGGUGUGUAAGGGCUUCAAGCAAACGCCAGGAUUUAGCCUUGUUGAGGUGAAGAGAAAAGUCUAUAAAUUUGUUUCACAGGACACUUCUUACCCACAAUGUGAUGACAUUUAUGAGAUGAUCCACCAGAUGGAAUGGCAGUUGAAGUUUGAAGGCUAUUCCCCAGACACAUCACACGUGUUGCUUGAUGUAGAUGAAGAAGAGAAGAGGCAGAGAUUGAAAGCUCAUAGCCAAAAAUUAGCAAUUGCUUUUGCACUUAUACAUACAUCUCAGGGAUCACCCAUAAGGAUAGCUAGAAACCUCAGGAUGUGUAAUGACUGUCACACAUACACUAAAUAUAUUUCAAUUAUCUAUGAACGAGAGAUUACUGUAAGAGAUCAUUAUCAGUUCCAUCAUUUCAAAAAUGGAACAUGCUCUUGUAGGGAUUACUGGUGAAAUUGAUUGACAUUUCUGUCCUA